CUUCAAAUAAUUCCGAGUAGAAAACAAAUUCUAGCUAUCUGUCUCUUGGUAACUCAAACUGAUGACAGUAUACAAUAACAAAGAAUCAAAUCUCUAGACCAGAUUAGAAUGAGGAAAGGUGAUUCUAUAAUAACAAACGACAAUGAGCUUCCCUGACUGCGAAACACUCAAUUAAACCGGCAGAUCUGAAAACCAGAUACAAAAAUUUGCAACCAAUUUCAAUGUCCUAAUUGGCGAUGCGUCCCAUUAGAAGUUGCACCAGAACAACCCGAUAAAAUUCAAUCGUCUCACCGAAUGUUCUCUAUGGGAUAAUCCGUUUAUUCGAUGUAAAUUUUUUACACAAUACGUCCUUUAAAUUGUCUCGAAGAGAUGAAAUAUAUCCUGACCGACUGUACGUCCAACAUAAUUAUUAAUUAUAUUCCGCAACAUAAAGAUGGGGAAAAUGUAGCUGAAGGAGGUGGAGUGGGAGUUUGGACAGAUUUUGCUAUAUAUUGAAAUUGUUCUUAGGGUACAAAUCAGUGAUCUUCAGUGAGUUUCAUCCGAAAUGAAGGUCUUCGUAGUUCUUGUUGCAGUAGUUGCUGUGGCCUGCUAUUCAGAAGCUGGCUACAUAAGCAGUGGUUGGAGCAGUGGAGGCGGCGGAGGGGGUUGGAGAAGCGGUGGGGGUGGCGGUGGAUGGAAAAGCGGAGGGGGUGGUGGUUGGUCACCAUCCGGCUGGAGUAGUGGGGGUGGUUACGGUGGAGGCUAUGGAGGUGGAUACGGCGGGGGUUCUGGAGGUGGUGUGAAAAUCAUCAAGGUGAUAUCAUCUGGAGGUGGUGGAUAUGGAGGCGGCGGUUAUGGGGGCGGUGGAUACGGAGGUGGAUGGAAAUCCGGAGGUGGUGGAGGCCGUGGAUGGAGCUCUGGAGGCAGUGGUUGGAACUCCGGUGGAGGUGGUGGAUGGAAAUCUGGAGGAUCAGGAGGCUGGAGCUCUGGAGGAAGCGGUUGGUGGUGAGGCUUAUUCUGGAUAGUGAUCGACCAAGGCGGAUUUCCGAUUUCUUUCUAUUCUGAUACCAUAAAAAAUUAUUUAUUUGUCCAAAGUAUGUACAUCUUGAACUUGUAAAUAUCUUCGAUGAAAAAAAAAUAAAUACGAUUGAAA